AUGGUUGCAGUGGAGCUGGUGACCUUCGAGGAGGUGGCUGUGUAUUUCACCGAGGAAGAAUGGGCCCUGCUGGACGCGGGUCAGAGAGCCCUGUACAGGGACGUCAUGCAGGAGAACUAUGAAACUGUGACCUCGCUGGGUGAUGGGACAGUGAAUGAGAUUGAGGAGGAGAAUCCUCAGCAGGAAGGUCCUGAGCGAGUGGAACCACAGGGGAUGGUAUCGGGAAGAGGUGAAGGGCAUGUUUCCCAGAGUCCUGAGGAGGGAGAGGCCCGUGAGAGUCAGAGCAGCGCAGAGAAGCAUCGGGGAAACCUCUCAGAAGGGAGACAGAGUAAAUCCACUCACAGGAGCAGAGGAGUCAAGAAAGUCAAAGAAACUAUUCAACAGAGAAUCCCCAUUAGAGAGAGACCCUACAUGUGCAGUUACUGUGGGAAAAGCUUCCAAUACAGAUCAGAACUCCUAGCACAUCAGAUAUUCCACACAGGAGAGAAACCUUAUGAAUGUCCUCACUGUGGAAAAAGUUUCAGUCAGAGCUCAGCCCUUAUUCAACAUCAGAGAAUCCACACAGGAGAGAAACCCUACAAAUGUAAUGAGUGCAGGAAAAGCUUUCGUUUGGGCUCAGACCUUCUAGCACAUCAGAGAAUCCAUACAGGAGAAAAACCCUAUGAAUGCCCUGACUGUGGAAAAAGCUUUCGACGGAAGUCACACCUUAAUCAACAUCAGAGAACCCACACGGGAGAGAAGCCCUAUGAAUGCCCCGACUGCAGGAAAAGCUUCAGUCAGAGCUCAAGCCUUAUUCAACAUCAGAGAAUCCACACAGGAGAGAAACCCUAUAAGUGCCAUGACUGUGGAAAAGACUUCUGUGACAGAUCAAGCCUCCGCAGACACCAGAGGAUCCAUACAGGAGAGAAACCCUAUAAAUGCCAUGACUGUGAGAAAAGGUUCAGUCGGAACUCAAGGCUUAUUAGACAUCAGAGAACCCACACAGGAAAGAAACCGAAUAAGUGCCAUGAGUGUGGGAAAGGCUAUUAUGAUAGCUCAAGCCUCAGCAGACACCAGAAAAUCCACACACGACACAAACCCUAG